AUGCAGCGCAGUCUUCUUCCGGGCCACAACAACAACCGUCACCUCAGUGUUGAGGAGCUUGAGAAUAACAUUGGCGGCCUUCCCAUCACUGAUAACAAGCUUCAAGAGCUCUUUGACUCUCUCGACACGGAGCACAACGGUUACCUUUCCAUUGAGGAUGUCAAGCAGUUUUACAAGUCUCUGGAGCACUAUGGACUGGAACCCACCGAUAUGGAGGUAGUCAAUGAGAUCAAGAAGUAUGCGAAGAGCGACGACAACUUUAUGACAUAUGAUGAGUUUUGCUGCUUGAUGCUGAACUUUGCCCAGCGAUGA